AUGGAGCUGCCCCGGGUGCCCUGCAGAGCUUGGGACGUUUGUCUCCUCAAAGCUUUGUUGGCUGAAUUUAUGGGCACCGGGAUCUUUCUCUUCACCGGGUUGGCCUCCAUCACUCCUUGGACUCAGCCUGCAGUUGACCCAGGGAAUCCGGGCAUCACUGGCCAGAGCCAGUCCUCUGGGGCUGGUUCUGAGCCGAGCGGUACCAUGUACUCAGCCGUUGCUGCCACCCCCAGCCUGGGGGACGUGGGGACGCAGGCUUCUUGCAGCUUGGCCUCCCCUAACCCGCUCCACGUGUCGCUGGCCUUCGGGAGCUCGGUGGCUCUCAUGUCCUACUGUGCCUUGCCCCUGAGCGGCGGUCAUCUGAACCCGGCGGUGACCGUCUCCAUGCUGGUGGCUGUGAAAGUGAGGCCAGCCUGGGCCAUGUGCUACAUCCUGGCACAGCUGCUCGGGGGCAUCACCGCCUCGGCUCUCCUCUACGGGCUGACUCCAGAACAUGCCCGGGGGGAGAUGGGUGUCAACAAGCUGGCUCCGGGGGUCACGAUCCUGCAAGCCCUCGGCAUAGAGGUGAUCGUCUCCUUCCAGCUGGUCCUCUGCAUCCUCGCCACAUCCGGGAGCAAGAGAGACCCUGCCAAGGGCGGGCAUCUGGUCAUCGGGCUCUCGGUCAUGCUGGGGCACCUGGCUGCCAUCGGUUACACCGGAUGCAGCAUGAAUCCCGCCCGGUCACUGGGCCCCGCUUUGAUUACUUUUGAAUUUGCUAAUCACUGGGUCUUCUGGUUGGGCCCACUUGGCGGGGGUCUGGCCGCAGCCAUUCUCAAUGAGCUGGUACUGGCCCCGACAGGCAGCGGUUUCCGCCAGUGGCUGACCAUGCUGCAGGAGGGACCAAAGGCUGAGCUCAACCUGCAAUCCAAGGCUGAGAGCACCACCCAAGAGAUGGGAUUGAGCGAGACGCCCUGAGGAGCAAGGACAGGGAUGUACCAAGAACAGCUGUCGAACAAUGCAGUCUCGUGUCUGGGGACUGAUGGACCAUGGGAAGCAUCCAGGAUGCUAGCUGUCGCUGUCCCUGUGCUUAGAGCUGGGAUAUUUACUAGGUUUAGAUCAUUGGGGACAUAUUUCUUUUGUUGUCCUUUGAAACCCAGGGUGGAAAUGGUUUGAUAUUUUUUGUGCCCUUCCCAGUUUGCCUCCCAGAUUUCCCCCAAACCCAACAAA